AUGUCCUCCAUUCCCACUACCAUGCGCGCCGCGGUGUAUCGCCCGGGAAACCUCAACCUCGUCCUCGAGACCGACUUUCCCGUCCCUCAACCCGCUGCGGGGCAAGUGCUGCUCAAGGUCGCAGCCUGUGGGACGUGCCAUUCCGACAUCUUCACGCUCUCGAACACGCUCAUCGAGAACCGUACCUUCAUCAUGGGCCAUGAGACCGCCGGCACCGCCGUCAAGCUCGGUGACAAUGUUACCGGAAUUACGCUAGGGAGCCUGUACGCCGUGCACGCGAUUCUGCCUUGCGCGACCGGUCUCCCGCCGAUUUUGAACAGUGACGGAAUCGGCAUGAAUGGCGGGUACGCCGAAUAUGUCGUCGUAGACCAGCGCCAGCUCGUACCUGUGCCCGACGGCCUCGCGCCCGAGAUUGCCGCGCUUGCGUCGGACUCGCUCAUCACGGCGUUCAAUGCUGUGCACAACGUCGCAGGUCUUCGCCCUGGAACUACGCAGAGGGUGCUCAUCUACGGCAUCGGCGGGCUUGGCCACCAGGCGCUGCAACUCGCGAAGUCAUACGGGGCGACAGUCUUUGCGGUGGACUACAAGCAGGAGGCGCGCGACCUCGCGUUGCAGCUCGGGGCGGACCGUGCGCUGACUCUGGCGGAUAUUGCGAGCGAGACUGCUGCGGGCACGCUCAGCGUCGAUAUUGUCGUGGACUUCGUCGCCAACGAGCAAUCGUUCGGGUUUGGAAAGGCCGUUCUGAAGGGCGACGCUUUGAACUUCACUGCGCCGCCUGGAAAGCUGGUCCUGGUUGGUGUGAGCACGGAUAAUUUGCCUUUGAACUCCGCAGAGGUCCUGGUAUCUAACACGCUGAUUCUUGCGGCCCUCUAUGGCUCCCUCGACGACCUCAGGGCGUCUUUGGACCUUCUCUCGCAGGGCGUAGUCAAACCGGUCGUCAACACCGUCCCGCUCGAGGACGUCGUGGAAGUUUUCAACGACUUGAGGGCCAGCGCCGUUACCGGACGCACGGUCCUUGUCCCCACCCUGCCGCCUCCGACUGUUGCGAAGUAG